AACAAGAGGAAAAACUGAAAACAAGAGGACACCCCCCGGAGACGAUGGAGGAUGAUGGGUCAGUAGUCCCCAGACAGUCGUGCUUAAAGCUGGAACCCAAAGAAUCCCAACCCAUCUUCGUCAAGGGCACAUGGUUCCACUCCCGCUUCGACCUCUCCAUCACCGACGGCCUCAACGCCUGGGUCUGCCACGCCUCCGAGGACGCCGUUAGAGACCGAGCCGCCCAGUGGGACCAGCCGGUUCCCGACUACGUCUCAUUAGCCGAGCGCUAUUUAGGGUUUCAGCACCCCGAUUCCGUCUACAAAUUCACUGAUGCCGGCGACGGCCACAAAAGAUUGUCGUGGACUUUUGACAAGGAAGGGACCAAGCUAGAAUGGCGGUGGAAGUGUGAACCAUCGCCGAACAGUAAGGAAACCACAGCAGCGGUGCUCGAUUUUCUGAUGGAUGCCAAUGUUGGGCUAAGUGAAGAAGUUGUGAGAAAAACUCAAUCAUUUGAAAGGUUGAAAGUGGAAGCUGAGAUGUGUCUAAUACAGAGUGAAAGGAUUGCCAAUGAGAAGAUCGAGUUUGAAUCCGCAGUUUAUGCAAAGUUUCUUGGGGUCUUGAAUUCAAAGAAGACGAAACUAAGAGAGCUUCGGGACAAGCUCUCAAAACAAGAAGCGGCUGGGAAACUGCCAGAACAAGAAGAAGAGAGCACAGACAAAACUGAAACUUAUGUAAGUGAUGAUGAGAAUAGUGAGGUAGAUUCCUUGAAAGAUCCUCCACCAACUUCCAAGGAUAUUCCAUCUAGUAGGUCUCAAGGUCGAAAGAGGGCAUUCCAGAAAUAAUCUCACUCGUCCAUUCCACAUAUCAGCAUGUUUCUGCUCCUUGGAUAGUGGAAUUUUAGAAUUUUUUUUUCCUGUUAGGAAUUUGUAUGCAUACUGAUUCUUGUUUACUUCUAUUUGGGGUAGAUACUCAACUAUGAUUUUUUACAAGUUCAUGAACAAAUUGUUGUCGAUACAGUGAUUUGGUUUAAUCAUAUGUAAAUAUGUAAAACAAUGUGGUACAUUCGUUGUCAAUGUUGUAAAUUUAGUUAAAAUGAUUUGC